UGGGGAGGAGGGAGUUAAAGCGCUAUACCGGGUUGUUGUUUUUUUUUCCACCGGCCCUAAACAUUCGAAAUCUCCUCCGGCUGACGACCCGGCAGUGUUUACCUGCGUGAGUUCCACGGGUUCGCAGAUGUAGAACUGAAGUCGGGCGAAAUCAAAUCUAUGUCUUUAUCUAGUUGGCAGAGCUCGCCGUCUCGUCCAUUAUUGCUGUUUAUGCGGCUCGCAUAUCAUACUCCGCAGUAAUCCAUCAAGUCACUCGGCCCAGGGUGGUGGGUUUUCCGGUUCACGGUGAAAUAAAAAGACCGUUCGCGGCCGACGUCUGGCCACAACGUCCCAGUGCGAGUACACCAACGGUAUUACAUGCAUUGGAACUCUGAGAAUCUUGGAGCGCCCGAUAGUAGUGUCAUCGGCACGGCCAGCGGAUGUGAAUUUUCUCCAUGGAACAGUGUUUGUUGGAAUGAACUUUCUCAAUCCUAGUAACAUUAACACUAUCGGUUUUAAGGCUCACUACUAGAAACUACUUGAAUUGUUUUUUGGGUUGUUUUUUUUUUUUAAAGAAAUAUUUCAAGAUUAAAUUUGAACAUCGCUUUGAAUUUCCUCUAAGUGAAUCACCUGUUCCAGUCUUUGAUUUAUCGGCUUGACGUUCUCCGUCACGCCAAUAUCUUGUCGCGGGAGGACAACUCAGACCGUUACAAGAAAAUCUGAAAACUAAAAAAACAAAAAAAAAAAAGCUGUUCAAAAGCCGUUUUAUAGAUAGAACAUUGCAGCGAUGGAUCUGAAGAUGGUGAUCGUGAUGUUAGCCUUAAUGGCUCUCACGCUGCACUGCGACGGCAGCAAGAAGAAACCCCGACGGACCAAGAGGACCCAGGCCACCUGCCGGCCAAACUCCAUGGUCAGGUACCGACUGACUCUGCAUGCGCUGUGGUCAAAGACGGUGUUUCCCAAAAUGUUCCCCACGUACAGACCUCACGCCCAGUGGUCGACGUUGGUUGGUAAGCAAAUUUGGAAUUAUUUCACAUUUUAGCAUAGAAGGGGCAGCUAGAAAAAAAAUUAAGCAACCCCUAAAAACGCGAAGUUUUUCGCAUAACUCAUUUAUAUGCAUUUUUUAACUAUUUUAUUUUAUAUUAAUAUUCUAAUUAAAUUUCCCACCCGCUUUUACACCGCAAAUUUAUUUCACCAACUAUUUCACCAACUAUUUCACCAACUAUUUCACCAACUAUUUCACCAACUAUUUCAGAAAAGGAAAAGAAAAUAUAACGCACCAAACGCACUUGCGAUAUUUCAUUAUUUUUUUUAUUUUUUUUUUGUAAAUCUCAUUUAGCGCAGUUAAUUUUAUUUCAUGAAAUUGGCGGCAUCAUAUUUCCUUCAUAUUCCCCUUGAACAACAGUAAAAAAUUUAUUUUUGGAAGUUGGAGUUAGGGGGUGGGGCUUUAAAUUUGAUAGAAUAUUUUGUCUUCGGCAACGAGUCUAUGUGCCACUUUCAUCACGAUAGGUUUGGUUGGAAAUGGGUCAAUUAGCCGUCCCAACAGUUUGCCCUAUGUAUACUAUGACAAAAAAAAGCGAAGUCAAUAUUAAGGAUUUAAAAAAUAUAUAAUUUUCAUCGUGUUAAAAAAAGUUAUUAGUAUUCUUCUAUUGUCUAUUUGACUCCAAUAUGUCCAACAAUAUCAUCCUUUUGUGAAAAAAAUUAUAAAAACAACUUAAAUAGUGAAAACGUAAUAAAAAAUAUCUCUGAAUUUGUACAGGUAAUUCCCUUUAUACUGCAGCUAUCUCAUGCUUUUUAACUCCAAUACAUCAGUUACAUCCUAGGUAUAACACAUCUGCCUCUUGGGCUAUUGCAUUGUUGUUUGUUUUUAGAAAUGAUGCAUUGGUAUAUUAUAGUGCUAGGUAAAUAAAUAUGACACGAAAAUCACAGAUUGACCCGUUGAUUGGAUAUAUGUGUGCGGUAAAUAUCUUCCAUUAACCGAUAGGCUAAAUCUAUCUCUAGAAUAAUUGAUACAUUAAGUCAAAUACACGCCCAACACAUAAUCCAUGUAAGUAUUUAUUUAUAAAAAAUAACGGCGAAACUUAAUAUUUUCAGUUGCUCAUUCCGACCCUCUCCGAACAGUGUUGCCAAACCUCCGAAAAUAUACGAACAGUCCAUAAGAAUUUGUGUCGAAAAUUAACUAUAGUCUAAACUAAAAUGUGUAGGAAUUCUAGGAUAUCUGUGAUAGAAUGAGACAUCGGAUACCAAUCUUUUGAAGUAAAUAAAACUGCAAAUCUCAUCGUUAAUGGGUUUUUUUUUCCUUGCUUGUUUGUUGUUGUUUUUUUUUUUUUGGUUUUUUUUUUAAACCAGGGGGUUCCCCCACCCCCUGGGUAUGGCGGGUUUAGUGUCAGGGGGUGUGGGGAAUAUGUUUUGAAAUCAAGAAGGAGAGCGGGCAGUGCAGCGUUGGGAAAGGUUAAGAACCCUUGCCUAAUCAGGAGUUUUUGAAGUAAAUAAAACUGCAAAUCUUAUCGUUAAUGGGUUUUUUUUUCCUUGCUUGUUUGUUGUUGUUUUUUUUUUUUUGGUUUUUUUUAAACCAGGGGGUUCCCCCACCCCCUGGGUAUGGCGGAUUUAGUGUCAGGGGGUGUGGGGAAUAUGUUUUGAAAUCAAGAAGGAGAGCGGGCAGUGCAGCGUUGGGAAAGGUUAAGAACCCUUGCCUAAUCAGGAGAACUUCAACGCUGGUGAGAGUGUCACACAUUUUUAACGAACGAUCGAAAACAUGAUGUAUGCCACAUGACAUAGAAAUAUAGUCAUACAGAUAUUUGACAUGGUGACAAAAAGAGUCAUAAAAUGAUUGGACAUUUGAUUCAUAGUUUUGGAAACCUUAUUUUAAAAACGUGUCCGUGGCAAUUGUGGAGACUUAGAUUAUUUGUCCGUAAAUUUGGAUAUGAUUGCAACCCUGAGACUGACACAAGCCCUCAUUGACCGAUAUCAAUAUGCCGGUCGGGCCGGGGGGGGGGGGUGCUUUAGGGUCGUACCUGGAAAUUUAUUUGAAAGAAAUUUGGUCGACUGAAAAUUGAUUAAGUGGAAAUUCGGUUGAACGGAAAUUUGUAAAAAAGUAUUUUUUUCCCCAAUUUUGUUUAUGGUGGGGGGGGGGGGGGGGGGUGCUUUAGGGUCGUACCUGGAAAUUUAUUUGAAAGAAAUUUGGUCGACUGAAAAUUGAUUAAGUGGAAAUUCGGUUGAACGGAAAUUUGUACAAAAGUAUUUUUUUCCCCAAUUUUGUUUAAUGUUAGUAUGGCUAAUCGAACCACUUCCCACCAUCCUAUCGAACUGAAACUUGUUACAUAGACUUGUUGUCGACGACAACACAAUCUAGCAAAUGUCCAGACCUACCCACCACCCAACCCCCGCGAAUCAGUUUUCCUGUUUUUCAAGGGGAAGAUGAAUAAAAUAGGAUUAGUUCAAUGGGUGCAUGUUUUGUUGUGGAGAUUAAUUGUGUAGCUCUUGUUAUGUGCUUUGUAUUUGUGACGUAUUUGAGUUUAAAUAUAUCUUUAAUUUGUUAGUUUUUUUUAUUGCACUAAGUUUGAUAAAAAAAAACAUUUCCAUACCGAAAACUCAGUUGCUGCAAUCACACAAAUGAUCAAUCGCGUAAUUACAUAAAUGUACACAAAAAUGCAUAUGGCGGAUUUAUACACAAAAAUUAAUGGCAUCAACCCGAUGAUGAAGGGCAAUAAUUCCAAAUGACAUUUGUUAAAAGCACACAAACAAUAAAAAAUAACUAGAAUUUGAUGGCUACAUGUACGGGAAGUUAAUUGUUAUAUGUACGCGAAGUUCAUGGCUACAUGUACGGGAAGUUAAUUGUUAUAUGUACGCGAAGUUCAUGGCUACAUGUACGGGAAGUUAAUUGUUAUAUGUGCGCGAAGUUCAUGCUACGUGUAUGUGAAGAAAGAGAAAAAGCGUUGUUUUUUUUAAAAUAGGAAAAACUUUGUUAAAAUUUUCAAAAAAAGUUCGAGUUAAUAUCGAAUUGUAACUGCUAAUAGUGCUGUAACUAUUAAAAGUGCUGUAACUGCUAACAGUGCUGUAACUGCUAACAGUGCUGAAAAUGCUAAUAGGGCUGUAACUGCUGAUAGUGAUGUAACUGCUGAUGUGCUUUAACUACUAAUAGUGCUGAAAGUGCUAAUAGGGCUGUAACUACUAAAAGUGCUGUAACUGCUAACAGUGCUGUAACUGCUAACAGUGCUGAAGCUGCUAAUUGUGCAGUAACUAAAGAAAGCAAAUAACGUAAUCAUGCAACUGAUUGCUCCAAACUUGAAGUGAAUGAGAUAAUGAACAGGAUUAAGUACAUGUGACUCUCCUCAUUAUAUUUCGUAUCACGCUUCAUUGAAUUAUUGAACCCCGGCAGCAAAAGGUCAACCCCCUUCAGUUGAAAAACCAAAAAAUUAUGAACACAACUCCGUUCGAACAAACUUCCUACCUUACAAAUCUCCCCAUUUUUAACUUUUACCCCUAAGUCUUAGCAAAACAACACACAAGAAAUAAUAAUAGAACAAUUAAUUUGACCGAAUAUCUGUUCGACCAAAGUUCCGCUCGACCAAAUUUGCGUGCGACCAAACUUCCGUCGAUCAAUUUUUCUUCGACCAAAUUUCUUUCAUACACAUUUCCGGUAACCCGUUAGGACAGGUCUGCACAACAUACGGCCCGCCAGCACCCACUUUGCGGCCCGCGAAGUAACGAAAUGUUCUUUAUUCUUUUAUAUUCUUAAUAGCUUUCGCCCCUGUCCAAUUCUCUUUUGGUCCCACGCAAGAUUUUCAUAAAGUAUUGCGGCCCGCCUUACGUUUUGAGUUCUGCAGGCCAGCUUUAGGGUACAAGAACUUUAGCCUCAAAAUCAGGUUUUUUUCCCCCCACAGCCAUCUUCGCUAAUGAGCCAGAAAUCGUGGCUCGGUGCCAGUGUUUGGGCAAAGGCCAUCAUGAACCUGUCUAAAUAUUAUCGUGGCUACAUUUCAAUAAGGUACAAGCUCACCGAUAUUUUUUUUUUAAAAAUGUAGGAAGUGGGGUCGUGCUAUUUUCUUGUAAUUAGCCAAUAAAACUAAUCACCCGCCAGAUUUUCCAACAUAAUUUUAGUCUAUAUGGCUCUAGUAAUAUUUUGUCAGCGCUGUGCGUGUUUUUUUUUAUCUUCCUUAACAGUUAUAGAAUAAUUAUUCCCAUCAGCCCUGCCUAUAACUGUUACACCUUACUUUGAGCAGCAUUCGUGUAUUUGAGCCUGGUUCCGUUGCAAAGAAAAGUUCUCAUAGUCAGUUGUUUUUUUUUACAAUUAAAAUAAAUAAGUUUCGUAAUGCCAUAAUGACACUUACGUUUGGCUUUGGCAUACAGUGAAAAAUAGAUGCUCGAGAAUGGAUCCCUUAAAACAGGGGUCCUCAAACUACGACCCGCGGGCAAAAUCCGGCUCACAUGGGUCCUUAACCCGGCCCGCCUAGCCGCCUAAUGUGAAGCCGGGUUGCAGAUACAAAUUUGGAACCGGACGUUGACCAUCUCUUCAGCUAAAAGAAAGACCAUGCUUGCCAUUGAAGUAUAAAUAAGUUGAUGUUGAUUCACGUGUUCUUUAUUUAAAUAGUGCAUUGAUUUAUAUUUUUUUUAACCCGCUGCAAAUAAGAUAUGUGCAUUCAAUCCUAGGCCGGCCCACAACAGUGUCUGAAAGACAGUGAACCGGCCCCCAAAGUGUCUUAAGGACAGUAAACUGGCCACCCGUUUAAUACAUUUGAGGACCCUUGUCCGAAAAUGCGUCACAUGACACAAAUAUUUCAGUCAUAUUCGACUUCAAGUAGGGCCCCAGAGUACGUUAAUGGGUAAUUGACUAGAGCAGGCAUGCACAACAUACGGCCCGCGGGCCGCAUGUGGCCCUCCAGCAUCCACUUUGCGGUCCGCAAGAUAACGAAAAACUCGUUAUUCUUAUUAUUUUCUUAACAGCUCCCCCCCUGACCUAUAUUUUUUUUUUUGCCCGCACGUCCUGUCCUAUUUUCUUUUGGCCCGCACAAGUUUUUCAUAAUGCAUUACGGUCCGCCAACAUUUUGAGUUGUGCAGGCCUGGACUAGAGACUUGUCUCUUCCUUUUUUUCUACGGCUUUGUAAAAAGAAGAGCUUAUCUACAAAGCGAUUUUACCCCAAAAAUAUCUUGUAUUUAAAAUCUAAUGUUCGAUUCAGUUAUUUUUUCCGGAGCAAAACGACCCGGCAUUUACAUAAAGUGACGCUAAUUCCAGCUCCCGCAAAGCGAUUUGACAUCAAACUCAAACAUGCGCCUGAGGCUGCAACAUGUGACCUAAAACAGGUGCGACCACGUGUGACCGACAGGAGAUGGCAAAUAUGUACACGUAGUUGCGAAACCUGGCAUUUCGCAGAUGUGGGGGAUAUGUUGCAGGCCCCGUGCUCGGCGUAACUCAAGUUUCACAAAUGCUGAGCGUGCUGUUGAUUGAUAGCAUUGCGUAACAGAAAACAUUAUCAAACCUUUUGUUUAAUGUCUGAAUCUCUUAGUAACAGACGUACCUCGACUUGCCAAUGCGCUUACUAAAGCAGCAGCAUGCAAACCUUUCCGGGCAAGCACCUUUUACCCCUUCUGGUUGGACAACAAACGAGUUGAACCUUUUGUUUAAUGUCUCGUGUCUCAGUGUCAGAUGACAUUGGCUAAGCGUGGAGCCUUUUGAUAAAUGUCUGAAUCUUUCUGUAACAGAAGACAUUGGCUAACAGUGGAACCUUAUUAUUAAUUUCUGUUUUUUUCAGUGUCAGAAGACAUUGGCUAAGAGUGUAAUCUUAAGAUUAAUGUCUGAAUCUUUCAGUAAGAGAGAACAUUGGGUAAGAGUGUAACCUUAAGAUUAAUGUCUGAAUCUUUCAGUAACAGAGGACAUUGGCUAGGAGUAGAACCAUAAGAUUAAUGUCUGAAUCUUUCAGUAAGAGAGGACAUUGGCUAGGAAAGGAACCUUUUGAUAAAUGUCUGAAUCUUUCUGUAACAGAAGACAUUGGCUAGGAGUGGAACCUUAAGAUUAAUGUCUGAAUCUUUUAGUAACAGAGGACAUUGGCUGGGAGUGGAACCUUAAGACUAACGUCUGAAUCUUUCAGUAAGAGAGGACAUUGGCUAAGAGUUUAACCUUAAGAUUAAUGUCUGAAUCUUUCACUAAGAGAGGACAUUGGCUAAGAGUUUAACCUUAAGAUUAAUAUCUGAAGCUUUCAGAAACAAAAGUCAUUAUGUGUAAAAGAAAAAUUUUUGGUUAAAGCUGCGACUAUUCGCACCCGGGUAUCAGAAGUGAGAGGUUGGGAUUAAAAAACUAUUUCAAAUAUUAAUGUUGGGUUUGAAAGACAAAAUGAGGUAUCAAAUGAAAGAUAAUUGAAUGGACCAUAUGUUUGUAAACUUACUUCACCAGUUUAACUAGAAUAAACUACCACAAAUGACAUCUGAAUGGGAUUUAGUCUAAAGGGCACCGGAUCUGACUAGCGGCUAUGCGUACCACUUCGUUUUGUUAAUAUCACCACAUGAGGUUUUCUGAAUCUCGCAGAGACAAACUCCACAAAAAUGAUCCACGGAAAGGUAAAAAGUGUGACAUAGGUUUGUUAAUCUUUUGUUAUCCAAAGAAAGGAAACAAAAAUUAUUAUUUUGUCCGGAAAUCAAAGUGAUGUUAAGCGCCCGUGGGCCAGUGCCGACCUUAGCAUCCUUGGCGCACUCAGCCCUGAACUUGUUGGCGCACUUAAGUGGCACCCUAACAUGUCCCGUCCCCCCCCCCGCCCACCACCACCACCUCUCAUAAACCAGCACUGCAGCUACACCUCCAUUUCUUGCCUGUCGUUUUCUUUUAAAGCCCUCGUGGCCCUAAGUCUCCCACGGGCAUUAUUCCAAAUCAAUAUUUUCUCUAUGUUUUGCGAAAUUUACCGUAGUCAAGAUUUUAUCUUCAUUUCCUAACCGUUCGUAUCCUGAAGGAAGGUAAAGAGGGGGGGUGGAAGGGGGAAAGAGCAUCAUCAGAGAGCUCUGGCGAUGUUUAUAGGUCAGGAUGAUCGUUAAGACUUUUGGUGGGUUCCCUUGUUCUAUAAACAUAACACGUUCACAGCGGAUGAGUAAAUGGAGCCCAUUUGUAACAUCGGAGUCGCACGUGGGUUUUGUGGUGUCUUUGUCUACACAUCGGCAGGUGGAGAUUUGUAGGUGUUCACCGGGAACUUUGGAUGUCAUGUCUGAGAUUUCAUGAUAUGUUUAUUGAACAAAAAAUAGUUGGUAGUGCAGAACGGUGAAUAAAAGAGUUCCUUUAUUUCUGUUAGUCAAUACAUAAAUGGGUCAAACAUGACUUUCAGAAGAUCGGUAAAAAAAAAAAAAAAAAAGAAACUGGUAACUCCAGCUCCAUGAAACUGGUGGCUCCUGCGCCAGAAAACUGGAAACUCCUGCUCCAUGAAACUGGUAACUCCUGCUCCAUGAACCUGGUGGCUCCUGCUCCAGGAAACUGGUAACUCCUACUCCAUGAACCUGGUGGCUCCUGCUCCAGGAAACUGGUAACUCCUGCUCCAGGAAACUGGUGACUCUUGCUCCAGGAAACUGAUGACCAACCAACCCACACACACAUUACAGUGUCCCUUGUUGACCACGAACUUUUAAACAUACCUACGAUUCGGGAGCAGUCACUUUAAACAUACCUACGAUUCGGGAGCAGUCACUUUAAACAUACCUACGAUUCGGGAGCAGUCACUUUAAACAUACCUACGAUUCGGGAGCAGUCACUUUAAACAUACCUACGAUUCGGGAGCAGUCACUUUAAACAUACCUACGAUUCGGGAGCAGUCACUUUAAACAUACCUACGAUUCGGGAGCAGUCACUUUAAACAUACCUACGAUUCGGGAGCAGUCACUUUAAACAUACCUACGAUUCGGGAGCAGUCACUUUAAACAUACCUACGAUUCGGGAGCAGUCACUUUAAACAUACCUACGAUUCGGGAGCAGUCACUUUAAACAUACCUACGAUUCGGGAGCAGUCACUUUAAACAUACCUACGAUUCGGGAGCAGUCACUUUAAACAUACCUACGAUUCGGGAGCAGUCACUUUAAACAUACCUACGAUUCGGGAGCAGUCACUUUAAACAUACCUACGAUUCGGGAACAGUCACUUUAAACAUACCUCCGAUUCGGGAGCAGUCACUUUAAACAUACCUACGAUUCGGGAGCAGUCACUUUAAACAUACCUACGAUUCGGGAGCAGUCACUUUAAACAUACCUACGAUUCGGGAGCAGUCACUUUAAACAUACCUACGAUUCGGGAGCAGUCACUUUAAAUAUACCUACGAUUCGGGAGCAGUCACUUUAAACAUACCUACGAUUCGGGAGCAGUCACUUUAAACAUAAAUAAGGAUCUUGUGGGGCAUUUUUAUUCUUAUUUGACUUUCUUUUUAUUGGUGGAGGGGGGCGGGUAGAAUCUAUUAACUGUAUUGACCAAUGUACUUAUAUCUGAUAUUGACAAAACUUUCUAAGAUCAACGUCUUUUGGUGAAGUUUAAUAAUUAUUGACCAACUAACAGAACGAUAACUUUAACGUACAAUCAGUGGCGCCCCUUAGGAAGGUAGGGAUGUCCGCCCAAGGCGCACAUUUCGUUUUAUAUUCAGGAGCGGCACUUUCGGCCAACUUCAGAGCGUUUUGUUUUUUGUGGGGGAAAAAUGAAAGGGGUGGGCACUAGUGGGGAGGACACAAAAAAUCUUCGCCGGUCUUGAGUGGCACUAACUUAAGCUACGCCACUGCAUAUAACACCCCAGCCCCCAAAUCCACCCCUUCCCAACCAUAAUUUACUUUAAAAUCCCGACACAACCAUCAUCCACAGGUCGCUCCCACGGCCCCGAGUUUGAAAUGUGGGUGGAGGGCCGCAACGCCUCAACAGGAGUGCGCCUCUUCGCCGAGCAGGGCGACAUGAAUCAACUAGACAGCGCCUCGACCCAGGGCUACAAGCAAGUACUGGACAGCUUCAGCGCCCCGCCCAUUCCCCAGAGUGUUGGCCAGACGUCGGCGAUUAUCUUUCUGGACGGGCGUCACUCCAGGGUGGGUUUGUAUACUCUUAGAUAAGUGUGUGUGUGUGUGUUUGGCAUCCCAACAGUGAGUUUACUGUCAGUGUUCGAAUACGCUGAUAAUGCCAGAGGAACGCGUGGAAACCACGUCAGCCAGUAGACUGGCACAAAGUGGUGGCCUUUUUUGUUUUUUGACAUUUUCGGCACACUACGGAAACAAACAAAAAACUUUUAAAACUUGCUUGAUGACGUAGAUUUUGUACCUCUUUAAAGCGCUGCCUUCCUUCUAAGUCUCAAUCAAAUAAUUGCACAUAUUUACUUCAGCGCUGUUCUACUUUUUUUUUUCCUCCGAGAACAAAGAAAAUACUUUUCUGAAUGGUAGGAUAGCUUUUUAUUAACGCAUAGAUAAAAACACUAACCGUCUGUGCCAAGCUUUCAUUUAAAGUCAGAUUUUCAUCUAUUAAAACUGACACAGACCACUGAAUUUGAAUCACCCUACACACCACACUCGAAUGUUUUCGAAAUGAUCAACACCAUGUUCACAAUAAUAUAGUUUGCAUUGGUUAAAAUUGUAUAUAUGUUAAAAGCGUACUGAUUCUAUGGCAUUUGGGUCAAGAAAUGUCAUACUAUGUCGGGGCAGAAGCAAUACAUCAACAUCUCAAAGUUAGCGAUGAGGAGGAAUGGUAUGACUCAAAUGACAAUUCUACAAUGACCAUCUUUAGUGGCAAAGAAUGUCUUACAUUUAAGGAUGGGUGUCAAAUAAGAGAUGUGAGGGGAGCCAUGGAGGCUUUUUUUUUUAUCAUUUGUAUUUUUUUUAAUUGAAUUUUUUAAAUAAUUUUUUUGGGGGAUGCUUCAGUUGGAAAAACGUUUGACACAAUUAACAGAUACAAUGGGCAGACACGACUGAUAGACACAAUUGACAGACACGAUUGACAGAUACAAUUGACAUACACAAUUGACAGACACAAUUGACAGACAUGAUUGACAGACACGAUUGACAGACACGAUUGACAGACACAAUUGACAGAUACAAUUGACAGACACAAUUGAAAGACACAAUUGACAGACACGAUUGACAGACAUAAUUGGCAGACACGAUUGACAGACACAAUUAACAGACACGAUUGACAGAUACAAUUGACAUACACAAUUGACAGACACAAUUGACAGACAUGAUUGACAGACACGAUUGCCAGACACAAUUGACAGACACAAUAGACAGACAUAAUAGACAGACAUAAUUGCCAGACACAAUUGACAGACACAAUUGACAGACACAAUAGACAGACACAAUUGACAGACACAAUAGACAGACAUAAUUGACAGACACAAUUGACAGACACAAUUGACAGACACAAUUGACAGACACAAUAGACAGACAUAAUUGCCAGACACAAUUGACAGACACAAUAGACAGACAUAAUUGACAGACACAAUUGACAGACACAAUUGACAGACACAAUUGACAGACACAAUUGACAGACACAAUUGACAGACACAAUUGACAGACACAAUUGACAGACACAAUUGACAGACACAAUUGACAGACACAAUUGACAGACGCAAAUAACCCUAAAAAGUGUGACGAUCUCCUCAUGACCAUUUACCCCCCCCCCCCUUUUUUUUGCCCCAAAAACUCCAGAUAUCCUUCAUGAUGAAGAUUAUUCCGAGCCCGGACUGGUUCAUCGGGGUCAGCGGCCUUGACCUUUGCGCCAACGGACGUUGGAAGGACCACGUAGAGGUUGACCUUCACCCCAUGGACAGCGGCACGGACAGAGGUCUGACCUUUACGUCCCCCAACUGGGCCACUGAGCCGUACGAACCCAUAUCGAGCAUCACCUCGUCGUUCCCUAAUCACCCAGCGAGUUCUUUCAAUUAUCCGGAAUAUGAGGUAGGUGAACAAUCAUCGGACACAGCAUACUCGCAUCGUCAGCCCAUGUUAUGCAAAUCAAUCAAGAAUUAGACACAGCAUACUAGCAUCUUAAGUCCGCAUUAUAAAAUUAAUCAAUAAUUAGACACAGCAUAAUGGCAUCUUGAGUAAAAGUGUGUUGUUUUUUUUCUCUGAUGGUUAAUCAUAUCACAUAUCAGUAACAAUUUGUAAAAUAUUUCGUAAAAUAAAGCUGUAAACAAGUUUUGGCCUAGGUUAAGGCCUACUUCAUGACACACAUUAACGUAGAAGUACGGAACAGCUGUUGAUGGAUUGGCCAAACCGAGUGCCCGAAUGUUCUAUUAAUAUAUUUCCACCGUAAAAUAAGAGUGGCCGAACUGAAUGCCCUGAUGUUCUAUUAAUAUAUUUCCACCAUUAAAUAAGAUUGUCCAAACUGAAUGCCCGGAUGUUCUAUUUGAUAGAUUCCCGCCAUUAAAAGACAAACCCUUUUGAGACUGCUCAUUUCAUAUGUUACAGGAACUUCCCAGAAUCGCUUACGUGGAGCUGGACAUCACGUCUGAGUACAGACACCGACAAGACUUCCUGCAAUUACCCGAGAACUCUCUCCCAAACGGAAUGAAACACGAGCCCCAGAAAGAUGGUCAUUAUCAGAAGAGCCAGGAAUCUCUGACGCCUGAGCAGGUCCCCACGACGAACGCCGCCCAGAUGAGAUCGACCUCUGACGCAGAACCAAAGGAGAAAACACGCCAUCCUGCGUCAGUGUUUUCCUCGAUGUUUCAUGUGGAAAACGCUGACACCACUGACAGGGAGUCACCAGCUGCGACUGACGCAGGCCCGUCGCCCCAAAACGAUCCGACUAACGAAGAUGUGCUUGUAAGUUUGCCUCAUACUUCGACCCCGGAUGCUCGCAAGACGGAUGCUACGGAAUCGGCCAAAAAGUCGGAAGCCGCGAAGUCUCGCUUCACGCUCCUAGAGAUGAAGAUGGGGCUAGGGAGAAUGGGUCGUCCUUCUGAAGGCAGGAAGCUGAAUUAUCCCGGUGUCCAGGACACGGAUUCUCAAAGCUCGAAGGUCUUCAGCGGGAGUGAAGAGAAGAGCCAGGGUACGUUUCUCCCUUGUGUUGUUGUCAGAGAUAUACUAUUUUUGAAACUCGUUGCUUAUUUAAUAUUUAACUAUUUUCAAAUUUGUUCAAAACAUUUCUUAAGUUGGUUAUUUUUCAUCGAACUCGUUAAAAUGGUGCCGAAAUAGGGCGAAAACAUUGUUCAGUUUUUGUGAAGACUUUCUCAGUACUCGCAUUUCCAUCUUGUGGAGCGUAAUUUUUGUUGUUGACACACGAGACAAUUUCUUUCGCUCAAUUGAGUCUUCCUCGUGCUGACCUGAAAGGUCGCGUGAGUUUAUAAAACAUGGGUACAACUCCAGCAUUUUAGUUCUAGGUAAGGGGGUGGAAAGUGACGGGGCAAUAGGAAAUGUGAUUAAAUAAUAAAAAGCUUAGUCGCUGUUUCCCAGAUUUUGUGAGCAUCCUUUUUUUUUUUUUUUAAUUGUUUGCGGAUAAUUUACAAAUUUCUUACUACAAAGUAGAAAGGAAAAUAUAUUUAUAAAUAAGAUUUUUUUUUUUGUAAAUACUUUGUUUCAAAGACGAGUUUAAGCGCACUAAAAUGGAGAAAAAAAUAAUGUGUGUAAAAGUUCUUAAAUUAUAAAUAAUAUGUAUUUUUUUAAUUAGAAAGAGAAAAAAAUGUCUACAUUUCAUAUGGAAUCCUUUGGCUGCAUGGAAUGCCUUACUACCCUUCUGCACAGACUUUCUUUCCGUGACAAAUUUUAAAUUUUUUAAGAAAAACAUUUUUUUUUUCCUUCAGUUUUUAGUGCGCUUAAUCCGCGGACCAACACGUGUCCUAAAGUUCUCAAUCACAAUCUCAACGCAUGGCUUCAUAAUUUAACAGCUAUUAAGAAGAUUGAAACAAAACAACAACAAAAAAGAACUAUUUAUUUAUUUAUUUAUUUAGGCAUAUUUUUAUAGCGCUUACCCUACAGCUCUAAGCGCUUUACAAUUAUUAAAAAUAUGUAAACUAUUUACACUGCUAAAGUAAAAUAAAAAUGAAAAACCAGAGACACUAGAAUAGUAACUACAAUGGGGAACAAUGACUAUAGAAACAGUAGCUUAAACAUUAAAAUGACUAUAAAAACGAGUACACUUGGGCACGUUUUGGCCUAUACUACAAGAUCAACCCGAGACAGAAAAUGAGGCAGGGCAAGGAGGGUACAUCACAGGUCAAAGGCGGACUUAAACAGAUGGGUUUAAGGGACUUUUUGAAAGUGGACAAGGUUUCACAAUGACGGAUGUGGAAGGGGAGCUGGUUCCAGAACGUGGGCGCAUGGGAGUAGAAGGAGCGUUAACCGAUGGUCUUAGUUUUGGUUCUUGGGAUUGAGAGGGUCUAUUUUCAAUUGAACAGCGUAGUUGUCUGGGGGGGGGGGUCAGGAAGCAACAGUUCAGAGUGGAGUUGCCGCAUGUGUGGUUGAAUGUGGUCAUGUUUCUUUGAUUUAAAAAUGAGUCUGCAUGCUGAGUUCUGUGUCUUCUGAAGUUCUAUGUGGUGUUGAGGAAUGUCUGCGAGAAGAGUGUUACAGUAGUCAAAUUUUGAAAGAAUGAGUGAAGAGACAAGAGUUUUUGUGGCAUCAAAGACGAGGAGGUGUCUAAUGGUGCUGAUUUUUCUAAUUUCGUUGUAUGCUGAUCUGCAUAUGUUCGUGACAUGUUUGUCCAUGGAGAGGGUGUCUGUAAGCGUGACUCAAAGGUUUCUGGCAGAGGAAGAGAGUGUGAUGUCAGAGUUGCCGAUAGAUAUAGAAGAAAGAGCGGAUGGAGGGAGAGGAUGUGGGAGCGGUCCUUGCUGCCCUCCGUUAAACAACCCGUAGGUCCGCCUCUGUGGUUAGUUCUGAAGCACUAAGAACGUGAAAUGUUAGGGGGGGGGGGGGUUAGGUCUUUUUUUGGAGGGAGAGGAUGUGGGAGCGGUCCUUGCUGCCCUCCGUUAAACAACCCGUAGGUCCGCCUCUGUGGUUAGUUCUGAAGCACUAAGAACGUGAAAUGUUAGGGGUGGGGGGGUUAGGUCUUUUUUUAAGGGGCAACAUAAUAACAAUACUUUUAAUCUCUCCACAGUGGAAGCUGUCAUUAACUGUGAGGUGGCUGAUUGGGCGCCGUGGAGCCCUUGCAGCGUCUCGUGUAGCUUCGGGACACAAGAGAGAACGCGGCAAGUUGUUCAGAUCCCUCAGAACGGUGGAUCGAACUGCCCUCUGCUCAGAGAGAACAAGGCCUGCGGCAGCAUGCGUUCCUGCAACUGGGACUAUUUUUCCACCUUUGGGAGCAGCGGAGUGAAGAGGAAAGUCCGCGAAGGUCGAGUCCGGCGCGCUAACUUAGAGUGAUCGUAGUAAAAAAGUAAAAAAAGAAAAAAAAACAAUAAUUGUUUUAUAUAGAAAAUCAUAACUUUAACGAAAAUGUAUAAAUGCAACUGAGAGUAGGUAAUGACGCGAUAUGCCAGCUGAAUAGCUCCAGCUGUUGUCCUGAAACAUGUCCCCCCAUGAACCACGUGGCUUCUGUCAUACUGGACUCAAAAUGUAAUAUCGUGCUAUUCAUCGCCUCAGACUUGCCGCAUGCAAGUCACAGGAGAUCUCGUAAGAAAUCGAUCAUUGCGCUUAUGUUGCAAGUUGUGACAUCUGCGUUUAGGUUAAUGGCAUUGCGAAAUCUAAGCUUUUGAUCUAUAAUUAUCAUUAUAAAUCGUUUGGGAAAAGAAAAAAAACAUAAUUGUCCUUCUGUGAGUGCAGAGAUGGUCCUCAGAAAAUGUGUGUACAUAUUUUUCCCCUUGUCUUUUUAAUGCUCCCUUGGCACUCACCGUCUCACCGCUAAAAUAUUUGUAGGGUUUUUCCAUGUUUAAUUUUUUUUUUUUUUUUUAAAUUUAUAAUGAUAUUUUAACAAUCGAAUCUGCAAGAAUAGUCAAGGUAUCACUACCGGUUCGCCCCCCAAACCGGAUAGAGCUAGUACCAACAGCACACCGCUGCUUGAGUCUGGGCCGGAAGAAAGAAAAAAAACGUGUUUCGACAAUUGAGAUUUAGAUUACUUUCAGCUAAACAAUUUAUUUUUCCACCAUCAACUCACACUAGUGAACAUCUAGCGGUGAACACCUCACACUAGUGAACAUCUAGCGGUGAACACCUCACACUAGUGAACAUCUAGCGGUGAACUUUUUGUGUGGUUUCAACUCCAUCGAAUAUUUAUUUGGGGAGAAUUAAGGUGGGGAGGGGGGCGUAUCCUAAACGCCAAUGACCGCAUAUAAGAUAAUGUAUGUCACUGGGUCACCUUCAAGAUUAGACUUCUGACCUUUUCCUCAAAGUCCUGGGUAAGCCUCUAAUUGUGUACACCCCGUACUGCACAUACUAGCGCUUAGAUUAUUGAAAUUAUUUGCAAAGCCUAAAGUCCGAAAAUAUAAAUAAUACUUAAUUACGAUGAUUAAAAAGCAAGAUUUUUUUGGUUGCUCUUUUGAAUUAACUAGUAAACAAGUCAUUAAAAAGAACAAGAUCCACGGAGUUGCUCUUAAAGCUAAUCAUUUUAAUCCCUUCGAAUGUCUGUGACUGUAAACAUAUACAUGUAUAUUAUUCUGCAAAAUGGUUGAGGAUUGGAACAUUCGUUUCCAUUGGUUUAAUGCCAAACAGGGCACCCGGUAGUCUGUUGAUCUGAGAACUGGAGUGUUAGUGGAGAUUGGGUUGGACUUAGAUAGGGGAGAUGGUGGUGGUGUAAACAAGGCGGGGUGGAACAAAUGUGAAAGUUUAGCUAAAUGCUUGGGAUCCCCGGAGCUUAGCGUUGGCCUAAAGUUUAGAGAUGUCAAAUAGGAAUUUGGAAACACUCUAUGCUAGACGGUUAUCUGGGGUGUUACGAUGAGGACUUCGUUAUAAAACUGACAUUUAAAUUUAAUGACUAGCAGAUGUCACAUAUUUAUAAAACGUUUACCGAAUUCUGUCUUAUAUUUCUUUAGGUCUUCAUGCACCAUACACAUAUAUAUAGUCUAUAUAUAUAAUGACUCUCAUAUUAUAAGUUAGCGAAGAGAGCAGUAGUUUCCUACAAUUUUCUGAGCAACCCAACACUUAGACAUGAUGUAUGAAUAUAGUUUCGUUUAUUCUUCCCUUCAGUAAACUUCACCUAGUUGUUUUAUAAUGAUGUAAUGUAUUUUUUUUCAUGAAAAUAUGUACCACUUGUGUGAAAAUUGUUACGAAUAAUGUGAAACUGUACACUGCACUCACUGAACCAUGUAUUAUACGGACGGUUUUUUUCUGAGGUUUCUUUUGUACAGUCCAGUCAGUGCGAAGAAUUGAUUGGUUUUAUGGUGAGAAUUCUGGACGUGGUGCGUGAAGGAGGGCGUGACAAGAAUGACGCAAGAGGGCAAAGGGGGCCACGGCUGGAGUGACAUAAGAAGGGGCUUGGCUUGAGCGACGUAAGAAUACGCACAUGUCUAGGAGUGCGUAAGAAUACGCACACGGUUACAUCGACGUAAGAAUACGCACAUGGCAAGGAGGGCAGAAGAAGGAGCGUGACGAAAGUGACGUAUGAAGAAGCAGAAGCAUGGCGAGAAUGAGAGAAAAACGAUUCAUAGAUGAAUAUAAGGAAGGGGUAAUAGAGCGAAGGAUCAAGCAAUAGGAACUCAGAGAUGAAGUCGUGCUGAGAAGUGUGUUGAGAGAAGAAGAAAGAGAAUGGAUUAGCAAACGCAUAAAAGGGGGAAAAAAUGGUAGGGCUUGCGAAUGUGAUGUGCUGUAAACAGUGGCGUAUGAAGGGGGUGCAGAGGGGGCGGUCCGCCCCAGGUGGCAUUGUUUUUUUUUUCUUUAAAUUGAGGGGCGGCAUUUUUAGCCAACUGCAAAGGGUUUUUUUUUUUUUUAGCAUGAAAGGGGGCGGUAAAAAGCUUGGCCCACCCCGGGAAGCACUAACCCUAGUUACGCCACUGGCUGUUAAGGCCUUAAGGAUCAUCUCCUCUGAAGAACGUGAAAAUAUGUAAAUAUUGUAAUUAAGUACCCUUUGCUUAUGACCGCAGAAUUUUAUCUUUCAUUAUUUUUGUUUGCUGUUUGUAUUUCUUUAUUUUCUAUUUAUUUAUUUUUGUCUGCAUAGUGAAAUGAUCGUAUUGUUUAUGUUAUCUGUUAUAUUAUGAUCAUAGUUAUAAUUUGUUUUUAGAUUUUCUAGUUAACUGAAAGCAGUUAGUGGUCUGAAAAUUAUCGGUUAGAUCUAAAGUACUAGCUAAUUUUCCGGCAACACUUACCGGGGGCCGAUAGCAUAGCAAUAAGAGAUUGGAAAUAGUGUUGUUGUUUUUUCGGGGUGAGUGGGUGGGGGGGGGUUAACUUAUCGCUCCGUCGUUUAAACAAAUUUUAAAUAUAUGAGCCUCUUUUUAAUAAUAAAGAUUAUUGUUUUUUUUUUGUUGUUGCUUUUUUUCAGAAAAUACUUUUGAUACUUUUUUAAAAUGUCAACAUUAUUGGUGUUUCUUGCAUUCCCCUGAUCUUUGUAUCGUUGUAUAGGGUCGUUCACUCAUGUCGUCACGCAAUGUCUGGAUCCUCUUGACCAGCGGUUCUCAAUCUGUGGGGUCGUGACCCCUUUGGGGGUCGAACGACCCUUACACGGGGGUCACCUAAGACCAUCGGAAAACACGUAUUUAUGAAGUUGCAACAAAAAUAAUUUUAGGUUUGGGGGUCACCACAACAUGAGAAACUGUAUUAAAGGGUCACGGCAUUAGGAAGGUUGAGAACCACUAUUCUUGACUAUCCGCUAUAUCCACCCCACUCCAAACCCCCCACCUUAAUUAAUUUUUAAAAUCAAAUCCCCAUUUAAAAGAAUGUAAUAAACUAAAACUAUAUAGUAUGAAGAAACAUAUAUCUUGCAUCUCUAUUCACACAUUUUUCAUUUGCAAUUUUUUUUUAUAACAAAAAAUAUUAGACUCAUUUUUUUUUAAAUUAUUGACCUCAUUUUUUUUUAAAAUUAUGUCUGCGCAACGUCCCAUAUUAGAACAUUGUCUGGUUCAACGUCCCAUAUUAGAACAUUGUCUGAUUCAACGUCACGUAUUAGAACGUUGUCUGAUUCAACGUCACAUAUUAGAACAUUGUCUGAUUCAACGUCACAUAUUAGAGCGUUGUCUGAUGCUGAUUUUAUUUUAUUUAAAAAAAAAUAAUAUUUAGAAUUUAAUUAGUUCAUUCUUAUGCUCCAAUUCUAGACACUGCUAUUUUUGUGGUGCUCGAUGUCAUAUUCCCUCAACGGUCUUCAAUAGCCCCUCUCGGCCAUAACUCUUGAACAGCCCACCCGACCUCCAUCUGUCUGCCUGUCUCUCCUUUAAGUUGUGUAACGUCAAUUGUGGACGACCCAUAAUACUUUUGUUAACCCGGAAAUAAUCAGAUGUAAAUAAUAUUUUCUGACUGUGUCCAUUUAAUUCAGGGGACUCCAACUCACAGGCCUCUCGAUUCAUUCAUGCGGCUUCAAAUUUGAUUACCCAAUGCAGCCCACAAAGCAGUUCGGUUUUUUUUUUCUUCUUUUUUUUUUCAAAUAUACCUGGUGCUGUCAAAACUCUUAAUAGAGAUUAUAUGUUGGGACAACAAAAUAUUUCCACGUUACCCAUAGGGCAGUUUGAGAUCCUCCGAGUUAAUAUAUCGCAGAAUAAACGUAACACUCCCUUGUUGAUGGUGUUGUUUUUAAAUAGAUUUCAAGCAUUUUUUUUUAUAUUUUACUAUUUCACUGAUUGAUUUUUAAAGUUGUUUACUUUGGAUUCGUGCGAGGAAAAAAACAUUUUUUUUCCAUGACGUAAUCCAGCUUCUUUGUCUCAUUCACCACAUGACAUGGCCUUUUUUCAAAACUCAGGAGAGUUAAAUGUUUACUCAACAUCUUUUGGUUUCAAUUAUUAACAGGAAAUAGUCGGGCCACCACGUCAUUUGAUUUGAUUUAUUUGAUUCUCUGACUGAACUUUGGCUUAGUUAACAAGUCUGGGUUUUUUUGUUUUUUUUUUAUAUCUUCAAUGUACAUCUCUUGGGCUUUUAAUCUUUACGACAGGUUUGGUAGAGAAAGAACAAAUCUAUGAUGUCAUUGAUCCCAUCAUCAACAUGUGCAUUUUAAAAACAAUUGCAUUUAUUAUUUGUAUAUUUGUAAUACAUUAAUUGUAUAACAUUUGAUUUCACCUUUUGUUUGUUAUGCAUAUGUUGUUUUGUUUUUGUUUUAUCUAAAUAAUAAAUUAAUAAACCUUAAAAUUUG